GACACAUAUGGUCCACUCAACCAAACGUAUGGGCGCAGGUUAUUAUGCUUCAUGACAAUUCAUUGUCAAUUGUAUUUCUAGAACACACUAAACUCAAUCUCUCAUUCUUUCUCUCAACAUGGAGGACUACCACCUCCUUCAUCCCCUCCUCCCUAACACCAUCACCGCCGCCACCGUUGAUGUCCCAACCACCACCAACCCUUCUGAUGAUGAUAACAUCAAAUUGGUCUCAUCCAAUUCCAAAAUCAUUCUCCGACUUUUCUUCAUCGUCGUGGUCGGCGUUCUCUCUUUAUGGGCAAACCAUGAAGCCUCCAAAGGUUUUCAAAUCAAUAUUCAAAACAACGCCGUGGCCGACUCCGCCGCCCGCCGCCAAUUCGACCUCUUAUACGUGUCAAACGACAAAGCUACAAGGUUAGUACUCAAAACAAGUAAAUUUGUUGAAACAAUUCUUUAUCCCAAUCCUAAUACUACACAACCCAAGAAGCAAGUCAACCGUGUCACCCUCGGGCUCACCAGCCGGAAUCUGACCCACAUGGUCAUGGUUGAGUCCUUGAAGGAUCAUGAAUUUGUUCUUCUUUUAAGCCCCUCAAUAUUCAUGGAAGAGACUAAUGUUGACCAUGCCAUGUUAAGGGCAGUCCAAAAUGGCAUGUCACGUGUAUGGCUCUAUAAUAAUAAUGCUCCAAAGUCUCUCAUCGAUGGCAUGGUUGAAUACAUCAGUGGCUUAGCUGGGUUGGGUGGUGGUGCGGCGGCGGAAGAUUUCUCCGGCGGUGGCAAUCAGCCGGAAUCUGACAACAUUUGCUGGAAGGAUGAGAAUCCUAGAGCCGUGGCACAUUUCUUGAAUUAUUGCGAGGUGUACAAGAAAGGGUUCAUCCAACGGUUGAAUCAAGGCAUGAGAGUUGGUUGGAAUGAUCGGACGGUGGAGGAUGCGAUAGGAAUGCCAGCUCAGCAUGUAUGUGCAUCAUACAUGUCUCAAAAAAAGCACCACUUGUCAACAUCAUCGCCAUUGGAAUCUAGAGCUCAGUAAAAUUGUGACCAGAUUGUGUUGCACAUGCAUAUAAUUUUUGCAAUUAUUGUCAGUUAAGGUGGGUCCAAAGCUUUUCGGUUGAGUGAAUAUGAUCAGACAAAUCAGCAAUGGAAUGAGAUUAUACUUCAUAAUUGAUUUGUAUUUUUCAUUUUUUCUUUUGGGUGAUAUUCAAAUGAAAUUUUUUAUAAAACACAUAUAUGUACUGUGAUUAUGACUUUUGUGAUAUUUAAUUUAUGAGGGUUUAAGAGUU